UCCUGAUAACAGUAACAGUGAAACCGCCGCUACGAAAGCGGUGACGUACGAGACAGAGAUCCUCCGGUGCUCUCAGCCGUCGACGACGGCGUCUGGACGCGUGUUUUGUGGAUUAACGACGCGGCAUCGAGCAGAGCGAUUCAAAAAGAGAAAGUGGCAGGGCGACUUGUAUAUGCGAUGUUAUAAUGCCAAGACAAUGAUACUCCAGAACUGCCGUAGCACGAAUUAUAGCUGAAUCAAUAUCGUCAUCAACUGUGUUCAAUGAACUAGUUCUAACAAUCGUACCAUCAAUGUUUCUAUGGAUGUGGUUUCUUUCAAUAACACGAAUCAAGCACUGUUGUACAACAUAUACAUCGGUGAACUGCCGAUUGACAACAUAUCCGACAGUGAUGUCAAUAUUACGAAGACAAUCACCAGGCUGACGUCUCCAUUGGCCGUCACUAUAGCAGUGAUGCUGGUAUUCCUGUUCUCCCCUAUGAUAUUAGUCGGGAAUUCGUUGGUUCUUGUGGCCAUGUACAGGUUCAAGAGGCUAAGAACGCCGAGCAACUACUUGAUUAUGUCGCUGGCAACCUCAGACUUAGGAAUAGGUAUGUUCAUGCCAAUUGGAAUGUACCUGGAGCUUGGCGGUGCUUACAAUUCAUCGAACCUGAAGUGUUUAUUCAGCUACGGGGUUGCUAUCACCCUCUGCUGCGUUUCCGUUUUGGUGAUGGUAGCCAUAGCAGUAGAUAGAUUCACUUCACUGGCAAGGCCUUUGAGGUACAACAAUUUGAUAACGCACUCGGCAGUAGAGAGGUACAUUGCUGUGUUCUGGACCUAUUCCUCAUUGGUGGGAUUUUCGCCUCUGCUCUACACCCUCAUCAGUGGGACAAAAUACAGCCGCUCAGAGGAGUGCUCUUUCGGCGGCCUGGUAGCGAAGCCAGUUCAGCUAUUCAUGUUCUGUGCAGUGUACGGUCCCAGCGCGCUAGUCCUGCUGGUAUGCUACGGCUACAUAUAUUUCGUGGCUAGAGGUCAUGCAAGAGCGAUUUCUACAGAGAGGCACUCGAUCCCCAGGUCGCAGGAGAACGAGACUCCGACGGCUGUGCAUCCGAGAUACGGCCUUGCCCUUGCCAUAACCGCCGGCAUGUUCCUGGGACUCUGGCUCCCGUUUCAGAUUUGCAUGCUGAUCGACGUUUUCAUAGGGACCAACAUAUUAUCGGCUUGGAUAUCAGUUUAUCUAGCUCUUCCAAUUUUGGCUAGUAGCGCCUUCAAUCCUUGGAUUUAUGGUUAUAGAAAUUCUGAGCUGAGAACGGGAGUUCGAAGAGUUAUAGAUGAUCUACUCACCGCAUUCGGGUUCACCUACAGGAGUCAGCAGGUAUCAGAUCCGAUUGCUCUGAGUGCAGCUGCAACAGCGGGUGAUCAUGCAUCCUUCAUACAUUACACGCAAAGAGAGUGUGUUCAAUGGAAACCCAACGGAGAUUUUCUCUUGGUGCCGAUCGCAAGGCCAGAAAGUUCGGGUGUGGUUUCAGAAAGUGAUUUGCCGAACAUGUUUCGUGAAAACCCCAAAAUACUCAUAACUUCCGAACCUCCGAGAAUGCUGAAGGGCUCGAGGAGCAUGGUGGAAACCUUCGCCAUAACCAGGGGUUCAGACAUACUGAUCAUCAAAGGACGAGGGAUGUUACACGGAGCCAGCAUCAUCUGAGAUUGCCGAACACAAAGAGUACAUGAAAUUCAUGAUCGUACCAAAGAGUAAAUAAUAAUGUGCAAACAAAAGGGAACUUUCUUAUAUUUGUGUUUUAUCUAAACAAGAAUGUACAAGCUCUUUCCUCCGGUAGGAAACCACUCUUCGGGAGAGUAUUCUGAUGUUAAUGUGAAAGGUGACCACUUUCAGGAGGUAUGUGCUUUUGGUUUGUAGACCUAGUUACUAGAUAUUUAGGCCUACAGACCUAUCACAAAAAACCAAUUUCAAAGUUCAAUUUUACAAAAUAAACACAGUGAUUCGAACGUUUAUAUCAGGGAAACCAUAAAGUAUUUAGAGAAUCACCAUGUAUAUGCUGCUUAUUGAUGCCAUAUACAUUUCACAAUGAGUGAAAUAUAUCAGGAUGACUUUACUGAAAAAGGAAUAGUAGAACAUAUACUUUUUUAUUGUGAUUUCAUUCAAAGGAAAUAAUUCUAAUCUGAUCAACAUUUUGUACAUAUACCCAUACUAAUAAAAAUUCCAGUCUUUGAAUUUGUAUUAGGAAACUGCCUGUGAUGAAUGGUUUCAUUCAGAAGAAUACAUAUAUGGAAUUUUUUAUUGAAGUAAAAUUAUUAAGAAAAGAGUAAAGAUGAAUGAUUUUGAAAUAUUGAUCAUGCCAAAAUUGAUUAUUGAUACCUAUUUAUCACUACUCCACUUUCGACUCACAAUAUAACACAUUUUAGAGGCAUAAAUAUCUUUCAAUCGAAUCGUAAUUUAUUAUCUGAAAAAUCUGUUAGUUCGUUAUGGAUCAUAUUUUAUUGUAGAUGAAUGUAAUGGAAUUUCACUGAUAUAGGUCAGAAGCUAAUUCAAGGAUAAAUGAUCAGAUUAUUUUGAGUAACUUUCCAUUAUCUUGUAACUCAAUUUUGAAACUGUGUAAAAGUAAAAUAGAAAAUAUAUUGUAGUAGGCUGUGAUGACAGAAUAUGAUGGAUAAAUUUUUUUUAUAACUAA